AUGGUAUCAAUUGAGAAUCGCAAAAUAUUACACAGAUCAUCAUUAUCAUUAUUAUCAAAUAUCAAUGAUAACAAUGGUCUUUCACUUUGUCAAGUUUGCUUCGAACCAUUUAAGCAAAAUAUUUGCAUCCCAAAACUUCUACCCUGUGGUCAUAGCUUUUGUCAUGAUUGUAUUACUGCUUUAAAAUUCAGUUCAAUUUACAUAUGCAAAUGUCCGAUAUGUCGUUAUUCAUUUCCAUUACGAUACGAUACAAAAUUUCCAACCAAUUACAGCCUGCUUGCUUUAAUUUUUUCUUUUAUCAAAUUAAAUCGUUAA